AUGGCUGGGCAGCCUGUGGAGCCGUGGGACGAGAACCUCAGCUUGGAGCAGCUGGGCAGCGAUGGGGGGCAGGAGCUGAGGGUCCAUUACCCAUCCUGGACCAUCUCGUGGCCCUCCAUACUGAGCGAUGGCGUCCUGGACAACACGGACUCCGCCAUGACCUUGGAAGGCUCCGAUGGCCUGCAGUCCUCGGCCUCCUUCCUCAUGUCUCCCGGCAAUAGCCUGCGGUUCCAUCCGGAGCACCUGGAUCCGAGGGCCCUGAAGCUGCUGCUGGCCCAGAGGGAGCUGGAAAUCCAGAGCCUUCGCGAGGCUGCUCGGUGUCCCGCCGGGAAACGGAUGAACUACAUCCUCCGAGUGCUGACGGAUGCCAAGCCGGAACGGUGAGGAGCCUCCCGCCCCGGCCGCCCUCCCGGGCUCCCCCCGUGCCCCCGCCCCUGCCGUGACCACAUUCCCUACAGGGUCCCCCAGGACCAGCUCAAAAACCUCCAGCAGCAGAUCGAGAAGAUGACGGAGGAACUGAAGGGCCAGAAGGAGAGAGCCGACCAGGAGAAGCUGGAGCUGGAGACGCAGCUGAAGGAGGCCAAGGCAAACAUGCAGCAGCUGGAGGACGAGCUGCUGUCCUUCCAGCGCUCCUGCCUCCUGCAUUUGGCCCGGACUUCCUGGGCCGGCCGAGUCCUGCGCUCCCAGACCGGCAGCGUAGAGGUGGUGACCGCAGAGGCCCUGAUGAUGGACGUGAGCGAGGAGUCCCUGAACUCUUCAGAGGGCCGUCACUUCCGCCUGGAGGACGUAGACUGGAACAGUGUGGCUCAACGUUACCCCAACCUGUUUGACGACAUUUAUAAAAUCAAGCACAGGCCCACCUCUGUCCAUGUCCUGGACUCCCCAGACUCUCUCGGGACCCAGCGGGAGAGGCCCGAGCAGUUCCGCUUCAAGAGUGUGGACUGGAGUCUGCCGCUGCCUCAGAAGUCCGUCAGCUCCACGGUCAUGGCCGUGGAGGGGAGCUCUGGGGGCUCCAACAGCCUGAGCACGGCCGGGGGCCUGGAGACGAGCCCCUCGCUCAUCUUGCCCGUCCAGGAGGAGGAGGCCAGCAGCUCCGGGCCCCGCACUGCCCUGGAAGUCCGGAGGCCCAAGUCGUGCCUGGACAGGGAUAGCGUGGGGGCAGCCGUGGUCGGCAUAGGCCUCUCCAGGCAGAGCUCUCUCUCCAGCUCCCUCCAGGGCCCUCCCAGCUGGAAGAAGGACUUGAACUCCUCCCUGAAGAUUGUGAAGAUCGACAAACAUGGCAAAUUCAUCCAAGUUCUGAACGAGUCUCUGGAGGAGAGUGUGGACAUCAGCGGCUUUGUGCUCCAGCAGCUCAUCCAGCACUACCCCGUGUGCAUUUACCGCUUCCCCAAGGACACGCUGCUGGCCCCACAGCACCACGUCACGGUGUGGGGCGAGGGGGUCAGCCUGACGAGGAAGCGCAUGCCCAAGGCGCUACAAAAGGAGCUGAUACAUUUCUACACCCACCCUGGCUGUGUCACCCUCUUACUGAACCCCGCGGGGGAGGUGAUGAGCCAAUACCAGGCGCCACACUGUGUGACAGAGGCCUCCAAGGCCUUCACUGAUUAUACGGACAUGUCCAUCGACUGCUAUCCGCUCCAUGAGGCCCAGGACAGGAAGCCCCAGGAGGCUGUGGGCCUUAGGACCAAGAGCCACCGGAGGCAUUCCCAGUCCCGAAAGAAGCCCAAGAUCCCGGGCCCUCCCCAGAGCCUAGAAGGCCAGGCUAGGCCCUACAGGAGCAGGUGGGCAGCACUUCCCCCUCCCCCCUUGAGGGAGCAAUGCUCUCAGGGCCCCGAGCCCCCCCCCAGCUCACCCCCGUCUGCUGCCCCACACAGGUCCCUUCGCGUCAUCCCCAGCAUCCACGCCAACAAGACCGUGAGCCAGUCGGAGGCCAAGGAGGCUGGGAUAGGCCAGCAGGAGUCUUAUCAUGGGGCCAUGGUGCCACUCCCCAGCAUUCCAGGUGCUUUGCCCUUCCCCCCAGCUAGGCUGCUCCCAGGCCGGGGGGGGGGGUGGGGUGCUCACCCCGGUGCCGGCCUUUUGUGCCCCUCCACAGAGCUCUCCCAGCUACCGGCCAUUGGCAAGAAGAUACAGAAGUGCAUUUUUAACACAAACCAGUUCGUGCCGCCUGGGAUCUGCAGGAAGUAUGUGGAUGUGGAAUGUCCGAUGGUGGCCCUGAGUGUGCAGAAGACUGCAGAGAGCCGCUUCGGGCUGAAGCACUUGAACUACCCCCCCAUCACCAAGUAGCCGAGGAAUUCCCUGUGCGGGGGAGGGAUGUGGGGGGCCAGACGUGUAUCCCAAUACAUAUGCCCUUGAGUAGCUGAGCAGCCACUGGUGCAGAGGCUCCGUGCGACUGAAAGGGCGACUUGGGCCGGGGGCCGGGCGUGUGGGGGCGCCUGUGAGGGCGUCCGGGGGUCCCCUGGGGGGCAGGAGCAGAAGGAAGACACGGUGCCGCCCCAGAGCUUGGCUGCAUAAUUUCUCUAUUGACCAGUGUUACCUGAAAAUAAACCCAGUUUCUGGCCAGCCGCGAGUAGAGAAUGAUUGCCAGCCUCGAGGGAUCCCAGCCCCCGCCUUGCGGCCCCUCCCGGCCGGCCAGCUUCUGCUGGGCACGCAGCCACAGAUCCUGCCCAUGGGGGGGGGCGCUGGGCAUCAGCGCAGAGGCCGAGGAGCGGCACUGGCAGGCCUCCGAGGUCUUCCUGGGCGAAUGGGGCCUCUGCGGGCAGGUGCCAACGUGCCUGCCGCGGGGGGCCGGGCUGCCUUUUUCCCGUUAGGACUUGGAAUUCCUCUGGAGGUGUGUUGGGGGUGUCGGAGGCGAGGCAAUGGGAGGUCCCACUCCAGGCAGGCUGGCAAGCCUAUGUAGGGUGUUGAUGCUGCCGGUGAAGGGCCGGCCAGGGGCCGGCAAGGACAUCUUCUCUGGGGGCUUGGCUGCCGGGUGGAGGAUGGGCUGCCUGCAGCCUGGCACCUUGGGCACAUUUCUCUCGGCCCGAUGUCUGAAGAGGGAGAAGGCUGGCUCCAGUGGGGAGGAGGGUGUGUGGGGGACAAAAGACACAGGCGGCUGGACCAGGGCCCCCACCUGCCUGAGGGCCCUCGGG